AUGGAAGCAGAAGAAGAUUUGUGGAACAGAGAAGACGUUCACGCCUCCCUGGAGCUGAUGGAGACGGCUCUGCUGCAGCCAGGGGCCCGUGGAGGCGCUCCAGGUUUCCUGCAGCUGCUGGAGAUCYAAAAGCUCAGGUUUUCUCCUGCAUCUGGAGUUGCUCUGAUUAUCAUUGGAUCUCUGCAGUAUCCAACCUAUUCCCAGAUUAGUGCCUUUGUAGGGAUUGGCUUGUCUAAACUUGCCAUAACCCUCAUUGUCGUGGGCGCCAUCAUCACGGUUGUGUCCAUCAUUGGUCAUAUUGGUGCAUUCCUUAAUAAUUCCUCCAUGAUGACUUGUUUCAUCUGUAUCCUGAUCACUGUCAUCCUUUUGGAGAUCCUCGCAGGAAUUGUCUUUUAUGUGUUUCGCAGCAGGAUCCUCCAGAUGACCGUUAGUUUCGACAUCAAAACGAUGAGUGCAUCCAACCUGGAGAACAUCGACGGAAUUCAGGAAAAGUUCCAGUGCUGUGGUGCAAACAGUUACACUGACUGGUCCCUGAUGGGAAUAUUGGGAAAGCAGAAGGGCGUGCCAGAUUCCUGCUGCCAGCAGAAAAAGAGAGGCUGUGGACAGGACAAGAAUGAAAUACACAAAAAGAUUUUUGGAGCCGUACUUGGCAUAUGUUUGUGUCUGAACAUAAAACAGAAGAACUAUGAAAACCUCAGCUGAUCCGUAAACAGCACUGUUUGCUUUUCAGUUAUGAAUAAAGAUGUGGCUGGAAGCCUUCAUGCUA